CGACGAUUCCGCUUUUCAUAAAUUAUUAGAUAGUGAUGGAUGAUGAUGGAUCGUUGGCGGCAGUGUUCUCUUGUGUCUUUUAUUUGCCUCGUCCUGGUGGGUUUCCAUCAGCAGGAGCAAUUGCUUAUCGCAUUUCAAUCAUCGUCGCAUUUUAAAAGUAAUCAUGGCAAUUUGACGUGGAAGGAGAUGCUGCCGCUUUUCUCUCGGCGAGACAGUUCGGCAUGUCGAACGUAUUUCGAAUUUGGCGGGGUGAUUAACCGCUUAUCGUCGUUAACUUUUCUCGACGGUCAGAAAUCUGUCUGCCUCGAUCCGGGAGUGGCUCCAACACCCGACAAGUGCGUCGUUUACUCUUUUGGCAAUAACGGCGAAUGGUCGUUUGACGAGCAAAUCGAGUUGUAUGGGUGCGACGUGUACGUUUUCGACCCUUCCGUCUGGCACUGGAAGCGCCGUCAUUCGAAAAAGAUUUUAUUUUACCGUGUGGGUAUCGGAGAAAAGGACGACGAAAGGAACGAAAGAGGUUGGAGGAUCAUGACCCUAACGUCUUUGCGGCAAAUGCUGAAUCACACCGACAUUGUCAUCGACUAUUUGAAGAUGGACAUUGAAGGAGGAGAGUGGCCCGUCCUUGACCGUUGGCUGAUUGAUGGCGACCUGUCUGGCGUUAAGCAGCUUGCGGUGGAGAUUCACUUGGAAAAUCCAGAGACCAUUCCGGGAAAGUAUCAGUUGAUUCAACGGUUGGAAGCGACUGGGUUCGUUCGCUUCUUUUCUCGCGAGAAUCCUUAUACGAUAAAUAGUUAUCUAGACAAGUAUAAUGUGUCGGGGCCCGGUUGUUUAGAGUUGGCGUGGUACAAUACCAAAUUUGCGCAAUGAAUUUCUCACGCGAUGUCUCUUGUAAGUUUAAAAAAGGUUUAACUUUAAC